AUGGAUGGGGCUAGUGGCUUUAUACCUCUUGGUGAAUAUGCCACGGUCUUCCAGGCUGAACAGAUUGGGGUUCUCUCGGCGUGCAACUACAUGUCAGAAAAUCCAAGUUUACACAAGGAAGUGAAUAUCUUUGUUGACAAUCGCAGCGUCCUUGAUUCUCUUCUUAGUGAGCGGUUGGUUUCCUCCCUCACGAUGGAGCUUCAUAGGGCGCUGCAGCAAUGGAGCAUUCACAAAGACAUUACCCUACAUUGGAUCCCUUCUCAUUGGGGUUUAUGGGGUAAUGAAGACGUGGAUAAAUUGGCUAAAGAGGCUGCUAGUAUAACAACUUGCGGUCCAGAGCCAGUUAUCCCUGUCAACCCGGCAAUUGGAAAAUUUUCCAUCAAACAAUGGGCUCAGAAGGAACAUCGGGUCUAUUGGUCCAACUUACUUAGUUGUAAGUUUUCAAAGUUGGCCCUGCCAAUGCCGUAUGAGGGUCUCAGUGGGAAAUCGCUUGGGCCCACGAGGGAAACUAUUUUCCCAACUAAUCUGCACCAAUGGUGCAAAGUUAUAUUAAACCAUUAUCACAGGGAUAAGCCGCCAUACACCGCAUACCUCGUAAAAGAAGGAGCUCUGACGGGGACUUUAACCAUCCCAACCCAAGACUACUCAAUUGUUCCAGAUCGUAGCCCAAAAGUAGCAUUUCUAAAUCAGAACAAUACGAAGCUAGUAGUUGCUCGUUUUGGUUCGCCUACACUGAAAGAGUAUGACAUUGAUUCGGAUAUCAAGAAGUUCAUUAACACCGAUAAGCAAAUGGUGUUCCGCAUACUUCCGCCUGCACGAGGCUCAAAUUGGCGACAUGUUAUUUUCUAUGGGGCACACAACAGUUCAUCGUCAUCAGAAAUCUGCGCUGGGAAAUGCGUCCUAACGAUGAGAGAAGGCCGGAAAUUACAAUGUAUAGACGGCAAUCAAAAUUUCACAACUGGGAUUUAUGACACCCCGCCGAAAGAAGUUUAUUUAAUCGGCAACUUCUUAAUCAUUAAUCAAGGGGAUAAGUGGAUGGUCCAAGUAGUAUUUUCUGCACGCAAAUUUGUUCAGUUGGUAAAAGCACCAACUCCAUGUGGAAAUUGUGCUACAUGCGACGCGUAUUUUGGUGGAACGACCUACGGACCUAAAUCGUUGGACAGGCAUGGUACAUCAAUCGAAUGCAAAAGCUAUCGUCCUGCGUACAUGAAGUAACAGAAAGUCCAUGUCCAUAAAUUUUCCAAUUUUUUAUACUUAACAAACCGCGUUCUAACUAGAUAAUAAGGAAAUGGUGGUCUAGAAGAAAGGCCGACCUAUUUAUGUAACUUGUGAAGAAGGGUAUUAUUGUUACUAGCACAAGCAAUUCAUUUUGUUAGAUAAUUAAGUAUAUGCCUAUAUGCCUAUACUGUGCUGGUAGCCGCACUAUGUAUUACCGCAUGCCACCCAAUCUUUUGCAACACUAUAAAUAAAUGUGAUUAUAUGUACCAUCUGUAAUUUACUCCA